UUCCCCUUCCUGAAACCUAGUCUCUCUCUCUGAGCUCAGCCCCUCUCGCCUGCCUGUGCUUCUGAGCUCUGCCCCCUCCAGCUGGAGACUCAGGUUUAUCUGGAGACUGAGGGGCUCAUUCGGGAGCUGAGAUCUGAGAGGUGAAGGAGAGAUCCAUUGGAACCAGGAGAAGGGAAAGGGGCUAGUUUCACUGAAGAGAGGCAGAGCGUGGAGACCAUGGCUGGAUUCUCAGCUCUUGGGCUGCUCUUUCUUUUUCAACUACUAGCCACCUCCUCAGCUCAGAGAGCAGGACCACGAGGCCCUCCUGGACCACGAGGACUCCCUGGAUCACCUGGCAAGGAAGGCAUAGAUGGAGAACCUGGCCCACCUGGUUUACCUGGCCCACCAGGGCCGAAAGGUGCACCAGGGAAGCCUGGAAAGGCUGGUGAAGCAGGGUUACCUGGCCUUCCUGGAGUGGAUGGUUUAACAGGACCCGAUGGCCCGCCCGGCCCAAAUGGGCCCCCAGGAGAAAGAGGGGCUUUAGGACCUGCAGGACCGCCUGGACCAGCUGGCAAAGGACUGCCAGGCCCUCCGGGGCCUCCAGGAGCCAGCGGACUCCCGGGUGGAAACGGACUUCAGGGGUCACCUGGACCAUCAGGUCUUCCAGGAUUCCCAGGACAGCCUGGACCUCCAGGGCCUCCAGGUCUUCCAGGGGUUCUUCCUGAUGGCAGUGGAGACCUUCAGUGCCCCGCUCUCUGCCCCCCAGGCCCUCCGGGUCCUCCAGGAAUGCCAGGAUUCAAGGGGCAUACAGGCCACAAAGGAGAACCUGGGGAAAUAGGAAAAGACGGUGAGAAGGGAGACGCAGGCCCUCCAGGUCCUCCGGGGAUUCCAGGCAGUGUCGGCCUGCAGGGGCCAAGAGGGUUAAGAGGCCUCAUUGGCCCAGAGGGUCCAGUCGGGGACAGGGGACCUAUUGGUUUCAGAGGGCCACCAGGACUCCCAGGACCUCCAGGGAAAGCAGGAGACCGAGGAGACAGAGGGCCUCAAGGGUUCAGAGGGCCCAAAGGGGAUACUGGUAGACCUGGACCAAAAGGAUCGCCAGGGACCGGUGGACCCAUAGGAGAACCUGGCAUGCCGGGCAAAGAUGGACGAGAUGGAACACCUGGACUCGAUGGUGAGAAGGGUGACGCUGCCCGCUUCGGUCCUCCUGGAGAGAAGGGGCCAAAUGGACUUCCUGGGCUACCAGGAAGACCAGGUCACAAGGGUCCAAAGGGUGAACUAGGUAGUCCUGGAGAGAUGGGAGAGGCAGGUCCAUCGGGAGAGCCCGGUAUCCCUGGUGAUGCCGGUAUCCCUGGUGAGAGAGGUGAGCCCGGACCUAGAGGAUCAUCUGGCGCACUUGGUCUUCAAGGCCCCUUGGGAGCCCCAGGCGUAAGAGGCUUUCAGGGCCGCAAAGGUGCCAGUGGGGAACCUGGACUCCCCGGUCCUACGGGGAUUCGUGGUGAAUUUGGUGACAGGGGUUCUGGUGGAGUUUCUGGUCCCAAAGGUAACCAGGGCACUGCUGGAGCAGAUGGCCUGCCAGGUGACAAAGGAGAACUGGGUCCUUUCGGCCCCCCAGGACAAAAGGGAGAGUCAGGAAAAAGAGGCGAGCUGGGUCCUAAAGGUAUACAAGGACCGAAUGGGACUUCUGGUGUGCAAGGGAUUCCAGGUCAUCCAGGACCUAUGGGCUACCAGGGAGAGCAAGGUAUCCCCGGCAUUACUGGAAAACCUGGCCCUCCAGGCAAAGAGGCCAGUGAACAACACAUAAGAGAACUCUGUGGGGGAAUGAUAAAUGAACAAAUUGCACAGUUAGCUGCUAAUUUGAGAAGGCCCUUGGCUCCGGGACUGAUGGGUCGACCUGGCCCAGCGGGUCCCCCAGGUCCACCUGGGGCAAUGGGAAGUGUUGGUCAUCCCGGUGCUCGUGGUCCACCUGGAUAUAGAGGGCCGACAGGAGAACUUGGAGACCCUGGUCCCAGAGGUGAUACAGGUGAAAAGGGAGACAAAGGAGGCACUGGCAUAGGUAUUGAUGGGCCUGAUGGAGAUCAAGGACUUCAAGGUCCACCAGGUGUAACUGGAAUUAGUAAAGAUGGUCGAGAUGGUGCUCAUGGUGAACCCGGUCUGCCAGGUGAUCCUGGUGUACCUGGUGCAAUAGGAGCUCAGGGAACUCCAGGAAUCUGUGAUACAUCAGCCUGCAUGGGUGCUGUUGGAGGAGGAGGAUCCAAAAAAUCUUCAGCACUAAAAGUGGAGAAGUGACUGAAUAUUUAAGUAAACAGUGAAUUGUAUGAAAAGAGUCAGAAUCCUCCUAGUGAUAAAUGGACAAAUAUUCCUUUUAUUAAAAUGAAUAAAAUGGAGACUUUGACACAGUAAUUCAGUUCCAUGACACAGGAAAGCAUCAGACAAAAACCUUUACUAAAAAGAUGCAUAAAACUGUUUCCCCACCUCCACCCCUUAUUUUCCAGAAUUUUUACUGCAAAUCAGUCUCACUUUCCCUUCCUCCCCACUUUGUUGAAGAGACCUACAGGAGGAAGCGCUGCUCCUUUUACUGUCAUCUCCCUAACUGUACAAAAGCUUGUGGCUAUUUUGCAUAAAGGCUUGAGUCUAUGCUCACUGAAUUCAGUAGUGGUUCAGGCACUAAUUGAACAUCAUUGACCAUGUAUAUUGGUUGUCCACCAUGAAUUAUCAAACUGUACCUCAAACAUUUGCCAUGGCUAGUAAAUGUUAAACCCUUUGCACUCUUGCAAUCUAACUCUGCAAAGGGUGUAAUGUAUAUAUUAUAAUUUACAGGGGAGAGUUUUUGUAUAUUUCCAUGUUAUAAUAAAGGAUAUUCAAUAACAGCAUCUUCACACCCUCUACUUCAGCUAUUUGCACAGAAUUUGUGAAAAAAAAUCCCAAGUCAAAAAGGAUGCUCUUCUCAACACCAGCCAAAAUUACUGUAUGAACUAUUGUAAAAAUAAAAGGAGAUUUUUUUAACCUUUUUUUGUGAUGCUGUAACUGUCAUUAUACACAUCAAAGCUUGUUCUACCGAACCCCAUCUUCCCCCAAUUGUUUUUAUUAGAAUUAUUUAGAAAUAAAUUGCUGCAAAAUUGUGAAUAUCCGUGAUUUAAAACAGUAUUUAUUUUGGGGUGACUUUUUUUGUACUAUAAAACCUGUCAGCAUCAUCUGUUUUAAGAAAUUAAUAAAGCCACUUUUUCAGUUCAUAAAAUAUACUAUUUCUGUCCUGAACAUUGCAUCUUAUUAACAAGUAGAGACAUUUCUACUCUUUUAAUAUGAAAAUAUUUUGUGCACUUAAAUAAUUCACCAUUUACAAUAUACCACUUUUGGACUAAAGCAACAAUACAGGAAAAUUGUUGGACAGUUUGUGCAAGAAGUAUUUAAAAUACUACUGUAUUUUAAAAGCAAUGCCAAUAGCAUUGUAUGAUUCUUUAGUCCUAUGGGGAUGUACGGUUCAAUAUGAACUUCAAAUUUGAAUUCCAAUGCAUAUAAUAUUGUUUGUAAGAUGUGUACUUAUUAUACAAGCACUAACCAAUUUAAUUUUCUCACUGUUUCAAUUGCGAAAUGGGCACUAUAAUGGCAUCUUUAUUUAUUUAUUUAUUUAUUUAUUUUACAUUUAACAGGAAUGUACAUUCAUGACUGACUAAAUACAACAGGACAGGUUGAUGGUCUAUAACAAUUUCUAACAAGUUAAAAUGGAUUUUGGUAGCUAUUGGGGGGAGAAAAAUAUUUAGUGGCUGUCAUGACAUUUUCUUGUUGCCUCUGGUCCCAAAGCUCUCUGAGAGGACACUGAUCAAUCAAUAUUGUUGGUAAUUCAUUUAUCUUUCCAUUUGAAUAAAGAAUGUUUUCUUUACUGUUCUAUUUA